AUGUCAAUAGAGUACUCGGGACAAACCAACGGGGACAGUAAUACGAGCGAUGGACGCAUCAAGUUCGUCUUCUUAUGGUCAUGGCUUUCUCGAAAGAGUGCGUCCAAUGUGCCGUGGGUGUCUGUCUUGGUACCGACCCUGAUGCCGAUUGUGCUCUUAUCGGCCAACUUAUUCAAGCCGGGCGCUACGCCCAAUAUCCUCCGUACCAUAUAUGAGUUUGUAUGUUCUGCUAUCUUGAUUGUAUGGGCAAUACAAAUCAUCACUAAUAUGUGCUUCUGUGGAUCUGUGGAGAGCAAUGUUGGACUGUACAGAAAUGCCGGCGUGCCUAGCCUUUCGUUACAGGACAUCAAGAACGACAAAUGCACGCGACGUUGUGAUUCCAUUGCAGUCAUCUUGUGUUUCCUCAUUUUCCUAGGUGGUCAUUAUGUAGCAUUUCGCGACAACCCCACUAGACUACAAUUCUCCAGCAGUGCUUUCAUGACUCUCAUGCUUCCAUGCGCAUACGCCAUUACGAAACGUUUUUAUUAUUUUGAAGCCGAUGAAGAAGACGGGAUAUAUUGCGCGGACGGCGAAGUUCAGGUGCGGCUAAUUGGAGGGUUGUUCAAUAGGAGCACUGCGCAAUAUGCAUCAUCGCGAUCCCGUGAUCGUUGA